GACUCCGCAUGUCUGCCUCUGUGUACAUUCCCGCGUUGGUGCACGCCUGAUGAAGAAACACUACUAAUACUAACAAAAAAAAACCCGAAUCUCUCCGAAGCGGCUCCUCGCAGUGCGUCCCUCUGAAAGUGUGUGUGUGUGUGCGUGCUUCCUGCAGGUUUGAAAAGUCAACAUCAAGCCUUGACCUCCCGAAGCCUCUGAGCAGGAGAAAGAAGGCGCUGCCAAGAUGUUCAGCACCAAAAGACUGAAGAAGAAGUCUCAGUCGGUGGAUAUUGCCAGUCAAGGUUUCUCCCCGACACUGGUGCCAGCCUCGCCCCUCAACAAGGCUGCACCACCUGUUGCCAAGACAACCACCGUCCUUGCCGUGCAGGAAAACAACACUAACAACGCCCAGCGCCGCAGCCCCCGGUGUGGCGAGCUGAAGAGAGGCUACACCAUAGAUACCGGCCAGAAGAAGACUCCAGAGAAGAAGGAUGGGAGACGCAUGUCGUUUCAGAGACCCAAAGGGACCAUUGAAUAUUCUGUGGAAUCGCGGGACACGUUGAACAGCAUUGCGCUCAAGUUUGACACCACACCCAACGAACUGGUUCAGCUGAACAAGCUAUUCUCCAGAGCAGUGGUGCCUGGCCAGGUACUGUACGUUCCUGAUCCCGAGUACGUCUCCAGUGUCGGGAGCUCCCCUUCCCUCAGUCCCAUCAGCCCCCUGUCUCCCACCUCCUCAGAAGCUGAUUUAGAGAAGGUGACGGGUGCGGUGAGCGGGGUGUUGCUGGUGACACCCAACAACAUCAUGUUCGACCCUCACCGGAUGGACCCCCUGGUUCAGGCCCACGGGUGCGAGGAGUACGGCAUCAUGUGUCCUCUGGAGGAGGUGCAGUCUACCGCCAUCUACAAGGAGAUCACUGACCCCAAGAUCAGAGAGGAUGUGCCAGAUGACCUGGAGCCUCUUCCAGUUGAGAGACACCCCUCCCAGCAGAAGGACCCAGAGCAGCGCCUGAGGGAGCCAGGGGCCAGCGACAGCGGCAGCACCGCCCCACGCAGCACCGAGGGGUCCAUCUCCGAAGACGUCUUCACCGAGCCGGAGCUGUCCCCCAUCCGGGAGGAAGAGCAAGCGUCUAAUGAGGACCUGCGCCUGGACAAGUCCUCUGGCGCUUUCACAGAGUCUGUGCAAACCGUCACCCAGGUGGAGGCCACCGGUGCUGUCUCCCAGGCCCCAGGCAGUGCCCGCGGCUCAGUCAGCCAGCCGGAGGGGCCCGCCGCGGCCAAAGCAGAGGACAAUCCACCAGACACUGCCACAGAAAAUGAUAGCCAGUCCCCCAUGGGAUCCAAGCAGCACAGUGUAGAGAAGCCACCAAGCACACCCACUACCACCAGCAGCAGCACUAGCCAGGCCCAGGGUCCCAGCAGCAGCACCUCUCGUCCAGGGUCCCAAAGCUCAGCCACCCCUGGUGCCACAGACACCACCUCCGUCUCAGCCAGUCCACAGGGGGAUGCCAAUGAGGGGACAGAUGUCUUCAAAACGGACACUAUGCAACAAGGCAAGGGGGAAAAGGAGAAUGUAGAACAGACACAAAAGGAAGGCAUGCUGAACUCUGCAGAGGGUACAGUGUCGGGAGAGAGGCGGAAGCACCGCUCUCACAAGUUUCUGUGUUUGCGGGUGGGGAAGCCCAUGAAGAAGACGUUCGUUUCCAACGCCAGCGCCUCCAUGCAGCAGUACGCCCAGCAGGGCAAGAAGCAUGAGUACUGGUUUGCUGUCCCGCAAGAGAGGUCAGACCACCUGUACGUGUUCUUCAUGCAGUGGAGCCCGGACAUGUACGGUGAGGGGGUCAGGGGGAUGGGACAAGAGCCUGGAUUUAUGGUUGUCAAGAAGAAUGAGGUGUCAGAAACAGCUGAGGAUGAGCCCAUCACUGACCUCAAUGUUAAGGAAUGGGAGGUAGUGUCUCUGACGGAGUACCACCGUCGGAUUGAUGCGCUAAAAAGUGAAGAUCUGCGCUCGCUCUGCAAACGACUCCAGAUCACCACCAAGGAAGAGGUGAACUCCAAGCAUGGUGCAUCCAUCAAGACAGAGCUGGAGCCAGAAACAUUCAAACCCAACCUCAGAGAAGCCAGUGAUCUCCUGGAGGCUGAUCAGAUAGAGAAGCUUGCCAGGAAUCUCCCACCACGGACCAUUGGGUACCCUUGGACGCUGGCUUUUGGCACAUCAAAGCAUGGCAUGAGCAUUAAGUCGCUGUACAGAGCCAUGCAGGGCCAGGACACCCCUGUGCUCAUGGUUAUAAAGGACAGCGAUGGCCAGGUGUUUGGUGCGUUGGCAUCUGAGCCCUUUAAAGUCAGCGAUGGCUUUUAUGGCACAGGAGAGACCUUCCUCUUCACCUUCAAUCCAGAGUUUGAGGUGUACAAAUGGACAGGUGACAAUAUGUUCUUCAUCAAAGGAGAUAUGGACUCCUUAGCUUUUGGUGGAGGAAGCGGUGAGUUCGGCCUGUGGCUGGAUGGAGACCUCUACCACGGCAGGAGUCACUCCUGUAAAACAUUUGGGAACCCCAUGCUCUCAAAAAAGGAGGAUUUCUAUGUGCAGGACAUAGAGAUCUGGGCUUUUGAGUAACAAAACAGUGCACCACAGGGAAAAAAACAAGUCCUACAAAGGGCAGGCGGAGGAGUCUUCCUCCUUUAGAACAAUGGCAACGUCCCAAACUUAACUGCACAUCACCAGGGCUCCCCAGGCCGGAAGCCAGCUAUCGGAUGCUUGUUGUGCGUUACUACUGCAGUUAUUACGGAGCUUUUUUUUCUUUGUGAAAAAUUACCUUUGUGUGUAUCUUGUUACAGCCUUGUGCAGCGUCUUUGCAGAUUAGGGGGAGUGUGUAAAAGUGGUGAAAAUGAUGGUAAGAUGAGGGUGUAUCUGGGGGAUGAGGAGAGGGGAAGCAGGGAAGGGACCGUCAAGGCUUGGAAGAGGAAAAGGACCAUCGGAGCUCCUCUCACCUGAGAGGCGGCGAAGAUGAUGGCGGCCGAGGCUUGGGACUGCUGCUGCUGCUGCGAGAACAGAGAAGUGCCCCACUGGUCCAGAUUGUGUAUCUGAACUUUACAGAACCUCAAGGAGCACCCUCUCAGACCCCCCUAGAACUUUGUUCAUUCGGUAGGAUGUUAUUCACUGUGCUGUCUUGACGGAGAGAGACCCAGUUAGAGGAAUAAUAAACAAGACAAAAGCUGAACACAUUCCAUUACUCUUGGUGAUGGUGGAGUGUCAUAAUAAAGUUGUGAUUUGUGGUUUAAAAAA